AAGGGCGGGGCUACGCAGUCGCCGUCUGCAGCCGCUGUCAUUACUGUGGUCAAAGAGUCGGGGGGAAAGGGGGUGAAAAGGAGCCGAGUCAAAGGCGAGUGGUUAAAGGGGGAGUGGGCCUGUCAAAGAGCCAACUUGCCGUGAAGGGGCCUCUUUUUGGGGGGGGCUGGCGGAAGCAGGUACGAGGCGGUGAGAUGGAUCGGUCGCUAGCUAGCGGUGUGCAGCAGGAACUGGCUAGCAAGCGGCUACAUUCAAGGAUGGAGGCGUCCUGCUUGGAGUUGGCCUUGGAAGGGGAGCGCCUGUGCAAGGCGGGGGACUUCAAAGGUGGCACGGCGUUCUUCGAGGCGGCCGUGCAGGUUGGCACGGAGGACCUCAAGACACUCAGCGCCAUCUACAGCCAACUGGGCAACGCCUACUUCUAUCUGAAGGAGUAUGGGAAAGCCUUGGAGUACCACAAGCAUGACCUCACGCUGGCCAGGACAAUUGGAGAUCGAAUCGGAGAAGGAAAAGCCAGCGGUAACCUUGGCAACACUCUGAAAGUCCUGUGCCGCUUUGACGAAGCCGCCGUCUGCUGCCAGAGACAUUUGGAUAUCUCUCAAGAACAAGGCGACAAGGUGGGCGAGGCCCGGGCGCUUUACAACAUCGGCAACGUGUUCCAUGCCAAAGGCAAGCAGCAGUUGUGGGGCUGCACCCAAGAGCCCGGAGAUCUUCCCGCUGACGUCAGAGACACGUUACAACGGGCGACCAGCUUUUACGAGAUGAACUUGUGUCUGGUGAAAGAAGUUGGCGAUCGAGCUGCUCAGGGCAGAGCGUACGGCAACCUGGGCAACACACAUUACCUUUUGGGAAACUUUGUUGAAGCCAUCAAGUUCCACAGGCAGAGAUUAUCCAUAGCGAAAGAAUUUGGCGACAAAGCGGCAGAGCGACGAGCCUACAGCAACUUGGGCAACGCUCUGAUAUUCCUGGGCCAGUUCAACACGGCCACAGAUUACUACAGGAAAACUCUUCAGCUGUCACGCCAGCUUAGAGACCAAGUGAUGGAGGCCCAGGCCUGUUACAGCCUUGGAAACACCUGCACACUUUUGCAGCAGUAUGACAGAGCCAUAGAGUAUCACCUCAAGCACCUGUAUAUUGCUCAGGAUCUCACCGACAGGGUUGGUGAAGGCCGAGCCUGCUGGAGUCUGGGGAACGCCUACGUGUCUUUAGCCAAUCACAAACAAGCGCUCCACUAUGCCCGCAAACAUCUGGAGAUCUCCAAAGAAAUUGGGGACAGGAACGGCGAGCUGACAGCCAGGUUGAAUGUGGAGCAGCUGAUGGAGGCGCUGGGUGUUAGUGAUGGUGACCUUUCACCUUCCAGUUCAGAGUUUGAGAUGCAAGGAGCGAGGCCCAAAUUCUCGAAGAGGGACAGCAUGGACAGUGUGGAGCUGUGGAAGUUAUCUUCUUAUAAGGACGGUGAGGGCCACGAGACCGAAAGCUUACCCAGAAGGUCUACGAGUCAAUCGGCUAAAAGGAAAGGCUAUCCCGAUAGCCGUUCGUCAGACGAAAGACCCUGGUUGGACUCUCCCGUCGAUGCUGACGACAUCAAUCUGCAAGUCUCGCCUCCCGUUCCAAACAUUGGCCGUGACCCUUCUGAUGAGGACUGCUUUUUCGACCUGCUCAGCAAGUUCCAAAGCAGCCGCAUGGACGAUCAGCGCUGCCGCCUCGAUGGAUCACAAAACGGCGACGACCAAGACGGCAACGCACUGUGCGACAUGAUUGAUCCCGCAGUGACCACCUCCCCCCAAACGGAGGAGCUGUUUGAUUUGAUCGCCAGCUCUCAGAGUCGCCGCCUGGAUGACCAGCGCGUCAACGUGGGGAGCCUUCCGGGUCUCAGGAUCACACAGAACAACUUGGGACACCUGGUGGGGGAGGGGGAGCAGGAACCCGGUGACGACUUCUUCAACAUGCUCAUCAAGUGCCAGUCCUCUCGGAUCGACGACCAGCGAUGUUCCCCGCCUGAAGCGGGCCCUCAUGCGCCCACCGUGCCCGACGAGGAUUUCUUCAGUUUAAUCCAGCGGGUGCAAGCCAAGCGCAUGGACGAGCAGCGUGUCCACCUGUCCAACGACGAGCAGGACAGCCCAGGAGAGGAUUCGCCCGAUCCUGAGCCACCCGGCGGGUUCCUCAGUUAGUGAUGUAGGCAACGCGGGCUCUCGGCCCAACAACCCGAGACGAUAAUCAAUGCACGUCAAGACGAGCCAGCCGCUUGCUCGCAAAAAAUAUCCCCCGUGGAAACAUGCGCAGUUUUGCACGAUCAUGGGAUUUUUUCAAUAUUUGACCACCUUGACGUUAAAUAACGUAACGUGUGAACUCAGAUCUAAUGCCUUAAUCAGCAUUUUCUGUUGCCAGACUCAAGAUUGUAAUUGUAGAAGUACACCAACUGUUUAGGACUCAUCUAAAUUCUAACGCUCAAUGAUUUUGCACAGGAAUCUAAAAUCCGAUUAAUGGACAUUAGUAACACAUUUAAUCACUUAAGUUCUUUUUUUUUCCCCCCGUAUUUAUUUAAUGGGCAACAUGGCGGAUGAGUGGUUAGCACAUAUGUGCUAUAAGGUAAAUGCCAAAUCUUGUUUUAAUGAUUUUUAGGCAAAAAAUAAUGAUAAAAAUAAUGCUUGAAUUAUUGCUGCUUUAAGCGUUCAUAUAAGACUGGUGUCACUGAUGUUCAAUGAUUACUGUAGUUUAUCCUACACGGUGGUAAAAUUCGAAAGCAUGCGAUGCUUAAUAGUUGUAAUUAAAUUAAGUGAGAUUCCUGAGCAAAAAGUACAGUUCAGUAUUAGGAAAUGUGUCGUCCGGAUCGCAGUUAAUGUACAUGACAUAAUCCGCCCAUGUGGUCAAAGCCCUGUAUUUACCUCUGUAAUUCAAUGUAUUGGGAGUAUUGCUGGUUAAGCGCCCCCGUCCGCAGUAAUGCUGUAGUGAUAUUGCACUUGACCCAUGCUGAAAGUCUGCAUUUUUGUUAGAUAAGGAAACAAAGAAGGGCUGCGAGACGUUGGCAGAGGAAACUCCUUGACGUGAAGACAAGCCAGCUAAAGACGUUUUUAAGCUGUGAGUAAUGUGAUCAGUUUAAUGGUACGAAAAUUGGUAAUAUGACCUGCUAGGUGUUUCCUUUAUUUUUCCCCCUCUUCUAACAUAUAUACAAAGGUGGCUUAUACCUCAUUUUUGUACCUCAAAGUAUAACUCUGCAGAGGAAAGAAAAUUGGGAGCUGCAGUUUUUGUGAUUUAACUUACCAGGUACGCUUCCAUUUGUCACUGCCAUAAUUUGUAUAUAUACCGUAUAUAAAUAUAUUUUUUAUUUAUGUUCCGUUUGGGGGAUACAAGUAAUUUUGCCAUGCUUUUAAUAAAAAUGUUCUUGAGAUUUA